AUGGCAGAGACAGCUGUUGUCGAUCCUCCACACGCUACAGAACCCACUCCGCUACGGACAGAAUCGGCCGAACCAGAGGGACCAGCGCCCAGUGACGAAAAUGCUCUCACUCAAACCUCAGAGACGGCGGCCGUCACCGUCACGGAGACCGACGGCACACAGAAGAAGACGAAGAAGAUAAUCCGCCGCAAACGACGACCCGCCCGGCCACAGGUCGACCCAGCGACGAUCAAAUCCGAGCCGCCCCCGCAGACCGGCACCAUCUUCAACAUCUGGUACAACAAGUGGUCCGGCGGCGACCGCGAAGACAAGUACCUCUCGAAGCACGCCGCGCCGUCCCGCUGCAACAUCGUCAAGGACAGCGGCUACACACGCGCCGACAAGGUCCCGGGAUCCUACUUCUGCCUGUUCUUCGCGCGCGGCGUCUGCCCCAAGGGCCACGAGUGCGAGUACCUGCACCGGCUGCCGACGCUGCACGACCUCUUCAACCCCAACGUCGACUGCUUCGGCCGCGACAAGUUCAGCGACUACCGCGACGACAUGGGCGGCGUGGGCUCAUUCACGCGCCAGAACCGCACGCUGUACGUCGGCCGCAUCCACGUCACCGACGACAUCGAGGAGGUCGUCUCGCGCCACUUCGCCGAGUGGGGCCAGAUCGACCGCAUCCGUGUGCUGACCUCGCGCGGCGUCGCCUUCGUCACUUACACCAACGAGGCGAAUGCCCAGUUCGCCAAGGAGGCCAUGGCGCACCAGAGUCUGGACCAUAAUGAGAUCCUCAAUGUGCGCUGGGCGACCGUCGACCCGAACCCGUUGGCGCAGAAGCGUGAGGCUAGGCGGUUGGAGGAGCAGGCAGCGGAGGCGGUGCGUAGGGCGCUGCCUGCAGAGUUUGUGGCGGAGCUGGAAGGUCGGGACCCGGAGGCGCGCAAAAAGAAGAAGAUCGAGGGGAGCUUCGGGCUGGACGGGUAUGAGGCGCCCGACGACGUCUGGUACUCUCGCGCAAAACAGUUGGAGGAUGCUGGCAGCGCGGGUCAGCUUGAGGCGCCGGAGCAACAUUUGAUGAUCGAGGCGGCGGCGGCGGCGUCGUCGUCCUCAGCUGCCAUAGCGCCGCAGCCGCAGUCAGAGAGCGGCGGGAUUUUCUCGACUUCGACCGUGGCAGCGCUCAGAGGACUGACGGGCGGGAGUGUGGUAACGCAGAAAGCGCCUGCGAGUUCCGGCGGCCCUCUGGUCGCCUACGGCAGUGAUGAUGACAGUGAUUGA